AUGGCAACAAAAACCCGAUCAAAGGAGAAAGAAUACAUGAUAUUGGCAGAAGAGGAGAAGGAAAAGAUGGCUUCCACUCUCAAUCCCCAGCAUGAGUUCUUCCAAAGAAGAAAACAGAGCAAUCUUAGUGUUCUUUGCUUAUCCACUCAUCUCUUCAUCACUUCCUUUUUGUACACUAGAGCUUUCUGUCUUUGUCUUCCUAUAAUAUUCAUACAUAUCAUGUCAAAAAUGUCAGAUCCUCUUGUGGUUGGAAGAGUUAUCGGAGAUGUAAUUGAUUAUUUCACUCCAAAUGUGAAAAUGACAAUCUCUUAUAACUCCAACAAGCAGGUUUUUAAUGGCCAUGAGCUUUUCCCAUCUGCAGUAACUCAUAAACCUAAAGUUGAGGUUCAUGGUGGUGAUAUGAGGUCCUUUUUCACCCUGGUAGGGUAUAUAUAUAUAUAUAUACAUGUCAUGACAGACCCAGAUGUUCCUGGUCCUAGUGAUCCAUACCUCAGGGAGCAUCUACACUGGCUAGUUACUGACAUCCCAGGCACCACAGAUGCCACAUUUGGUAGGGAAGUGGUGGACUAUGAAAUGCCAAGGCCUAACAUAGGGAUCCACAGGUUUGUUUUCCUUCUUUUUAAGCAGAAAAGAAGGCAAACAGUGACCACACCAUCCUCAAGGGACAAAUUUAACUCGAGGAAAUUUGCUGAAGAAAAUGAGCUUGGCCUGCCUGUAGCAGCUGUCUUCUUCAACGCUCAAAGGGAAACAGCUGCAAGGAGACGUUGA